GCUGCUCAGGAUCCCAAAGCAGGGAUUUACAUUAAAACCUACCACCUUCAAGGAGCGGUUUCCAUGACGACCUCUCCUUCAGUUUCAGUCUUCCUUGCUGCCAAGUUUGGUAGCUGCUCGGAUCCGGGCUGGCUCCCUGUUUAAAUCCCACUCCGGCCACCCUCUACAGACCGACUGUUGCCGGACUUUCUCGCUGGCCCAUAUUUCCAUAUCUAAUAACCGGCGUGAACCAGAGCCAAAAUCUGGACCAUGUCGUUUAAAACGCACAAAGAUGUUCCCAUCAAAAACAUCGAACGCGAGCUGAUCUGCCCGUGCUGUAAAGAGCUUUUCACUCACCCCCUGAUCCUGCCCUGUCAGCACAGCGUCUGUCACAAAUGCGCCAAAGAGUUGCUGCUGUCCCGGGAGGAUGCGAUUGCAGAGCCCGACUCGGAGUUCUCCAACCCGGCCACACCUAUCAGCAGCCCCAGGAUCCGCCGCCUCUCCUCGGCCAGUGUCGAGAGGCUCGACAGGCUCAAUAGGACGGGUAGGUGUCACAUCCCGCCGCUACCAUCAGCAACACAGCUUCCACCCUUCGGCUGGAAACGAACCAUCCACAGUCAAGGAGUCACCACGUUCCCUUGUCCUAGCUGCAAACAUGACGUAGAUCUUGGAGAACGUGGCCUUAGUGGUCUGUUCCGAAACUUCACCUUGGAAACGAUUGUAGAAAGAUACAGACAGGCUGCUAGAGCGGCGGUGGCAAUCAUGUGCAAUCUCUGCAAGCCCCCUCCUCAGGAGGCCACAAAGAGCUGCAUGGACUGCAAGGCGAGCUACUGCAAUGAGUGCUUCAAAAUUCAUCAUCCUUGGGGGACUCCAAAGGCCCAGCAUGAGUAUGUAGGACCAACAACCAACUUCCGACCUAAGAUUCUGAUGUGUCCUGAGCAUGAUAUGGAAAAGGUUACCAUGUAUUGUGAGGUAUGCAAAAGGCCCGUGUGCCAUCUCUGCAAGCUGGGCGGGUCACAUGCCAACCACAAAGUAACCUCCAUGAGCAGUGCCUACAAAGUACUUAAGGAGAAGCUGUCUAAGAGUAUCGGUUACCUCAUCAGCAAAGAGGACCAAGUGAAAACUCAGAUCUUUCAACUGGAGCACAUGAUUGACCAGACAGAGAGUAAUGGAGAAAAGGCAAAAAGAGAAGCAACUGAGUCGAUUGACAGGCUGUGUGGCAUCUUGGAACAGCGUAAAAUAAACCUCAUCAACUCAAUUGAGGGCAGUUGUUCCUCAAAACUGGAGAAAUUGCGAUACCAAAUGGACGAAUAUCAGGGGAUGCUGGAAAAUAGCGGACUGGUUGGAUAUGCCCAGGAAGUACUGAAGGAAACAGACCAAUCCUGCUUUGUGCAGACAGCAAAGCAACUGCACAUCAGGAUCCGAAUGGCUACUGAAUCUCUGAAAACUUUCCAACCAGCUGCAGAACCAUCCUUCACAGGUUUUACUCUGGAUGUUUCCAGAGAGGAAGAGCUCCUCAAAGAACUAUCGUUCACAAAUGUUCCAGUUCCAGAUGCACCCGUUAUUGAUGAGAAGCAAAGCCGGCUGUAUGAUGAGGGAAUCAUCUGUUGGCAGCAGCCCAAUGGCAACCCUCCCAUUGACCACUACAAGCUUGAAUACAGGAGACUUGACCAAGACGGAGAAUGUGCCUGGGAGCUCACUGAGGACGUGUGCAGCACAAGUAAAGUCAUCUUCAAUCUUGACACCAAUACUAGCUACCUCUUCAGAGUGAAGGGUUGCAAGAAUUUUACCUACAGUGACUACAGCAAGGAGGUAGCUUUCCAUACGCCACCUGCUCCAGUUUUAAGGUUUUUGUUUGAUGAGAACUGCGGCUACAACAGUGACCACCUGAUCUUAAGCAAACAGAGAGACUCUGUGAGGAGUGUGGCUGGGCUUCCCCUGUUGCUAGGUGCAGAGCGGAUUGUGGUCGGAAGUUAUAUGUCUCUGGACUUCAUCAUAGGGGACACUGGAAUAACAAAAGGGAAAUACUACUGGGCCUUCCGAGUGGAGCCCUCCUCAUACCUGGUCAAAGUAGGUGUGGUGUCUGCUGCAAAGCUGCAGGAGUGGUUUCACAGUCCACGAGAUAUCAACAGUCCCAGGUAUGAUCAAGACAGUGGCCACGACAGUGGUAGUGAAGAUAUAGCUUUGGAACACUCUCAACCUUUCACCUUUGUUACAGUAGGGAUGAGGAAGCUUUUCAUUCCUAAAGGUCCUUCUAGUUCAUCCACAGAGUCUUGUAAACGCUCUCUGUCUGCGCCCAAUCGGAUCGGUAUUUGCCUGGACUAUGACAAAGGGAAAGUGAAUUUUUACAAUGCAGAUAUUAUGCAGUGUUUGUAUGAAAGGAAGGUGGAAUGUUCUGGAGCAAUGUAUCCUGCUUUUGGGCUAAUGGGAGGAGGGGCGGUACAUUUGGAUGAAUUAAUUACGGUGAAAGAAUCUACAAAACCUAGUUUCUUUCUCAAUUCCUGAUUGCUAGGAGGCAUUUUUCCAUAGAUUUUAAAACAGUAAAAAAAACCGUUUGCUUCCCCUGUCCAUAGCACUUUAUGGCAUGCGAUGCUUGAAGAACCUUGUAUAUGGUUCCAUAUGUGAAAGGUUCUUGGUAGAGUAUUGUGCAAUACACUAUUGUGCAAUACAAGCCACUGAUUAGACAAUAGAAAAUGGUAUAGGACAGUUAUUGCUCUCAAAAAUCUUCCUUUCAUCCUCCUUCACCUCUGCUUCACUUUGUUUUUAGUACAAAUUAGAUUGUUUAAAACUUGAAUGGAAACGCACCUUUUGAAAGGAAAUAAUACAGUUGAGAUGUGUGCAUUAUUUUGUAAGAUAUGUAGAAGUGACCAAUUGCAUUUGGUUUAUUUAAAGUUUUCAAAGUAAAAACAUGAACCUAGCUGGUAUGUGUUGUCUUGUUUUUUGCCUGUAUUGUGUUUGCGAAUCCCACAUUACAUCAUUGCCAGGGGCAGAGUAAAAGAAACUGCAAAUCAAAAUGCUCAUUGUGAAAACUGAAGUGUGAUUGUUUGAUGAGACCCUGUGUAAAACUUCUUUUUGAGUACCUUGUGUUUUGUCAGAAUGCUGUAACAAUACUCUAAGUACAAUUAAGAAUAUUUGUACCAAUUUAUUCAAGAUUUACAAAUACAUUUGAAAGAAUGAA